AUGAAACUCAAAUGUGACGAAUUAAAAAGCAAUCUCAUGUUCUUCAAAGUACCAGACACUAGAGAGGAAACACCAGAGGUCUGUAAAACGACAAUUUUAGACAUUAUAGAAACCAAAAUGAGAGUUGAAAAAGCUAAAGAUAGGAUACAAGUUAACAGCGCAGAACAUGUCACUACUACAACUUCUACGACCACGUCAACCACAACAACGUCUACGACAACCGUACCGUCUACAACCACAACAACGCCCACAACCACAACGACGUCUACGACCACUACCACGCAAACAACCACAACAACGCCAACAUCCACAGCAACGCCCACAACCACAACUACGCCUACAACCACAAUAACGCCUACGACCACUACCACGCCUACCACGACCUCAACGUCAAUGACAACUACAGUCCCACAAAGUCAGUAUGGCAACGCGUGUACAACGAGUGCUGAUUGUUCAAUGUCUGCCGGCACGUGUCUUUCAGGCACGUGUUCGUGUCAAGCCGGCUACAGACACGACCCUUCAUCCGGUUCAUGUGUUACAGACUGUACAAACUAUGGUGCGGACUAUAUCGAAUACAUAAACAAGCGCCUUGAUGUAAGUGACAGUGUGGAAGAAUACGACAAUGUUGAUCUGUCGCAGUGCAAAGCAUACUGUUCUAACUGUACAAACUAUGGUGUGGACUAUAUCGAAUACUUAAACAAGCGCCUUGAUGUAAGUGACAGUGUGGCAGAAUACAACAAUGUUGAUCUGUCGCAGUGCAAGGGAUACUGUUCUAGUUUGAGCACAUGCCGUGGUUUCAACAUCAGACCCUCGCACAUUAAGAGACAUAUGCAGAUGUAUUCAUACGGUGGUGUACAUGGAACCUUCAAUAAUACACGGUGCAUUUCCAUGAAAAGAGACUUACGGUCCCCAGUUAAAAUAAUGGGUUAUCCCUAA